AAGUGCAAACAAUCCCACAUUCUAGCAACCCAAGCUUAUGACAUCAUUCAGUAAAAAAAUUAUAGCACAUAGAAUAUUUGUAAUAACUUAAAUUAAUAUGGAAGACCCGCGUAAACGAGACCUUAGGAAGUUGUUAAAUUUAUUUAUCUCCUUGAAUCAGAGCAAUAAGUUUCAUAGGCAGCAGAUCAAGUAUGAAGAUACGCGACUAUUUAAAAGUAAUCUUAACGGAGAAGUGGUCCACAAGAAAUUAGAGCACUUGCAAAAUAUGUGGGGCUUUCAGAGCCUACAAAAUGAAACUCAACGCAAGCUUGAGAAUCUGCAAGCUACCAUUCAAAAAUUUCUAGACUUCAAUGAAGAUCUCAAGGAUGCCAAGGAAUACAAAGAGGCGACUAGACUUAUUGAGAAACGAGUCAAUACCAAUAUGGAGGCAGAGUGCCUUAAAUUCACUUAAAGCAAACUGUCCUUAUAUAAGUACAUUUAAUGUACCUUUUAAAUAAAGCUUUCCAAAUUGAUUGUUUAA